CAAGGAAGAGCUCACAGUAAACCAGGUGAGGGAGAGAGAGAGAGAGAGAGAGAGAGACGGUGGAAAGACUGGUGAAAGGAACUACAGAGGAUAUUUUUUUGAAAACCUGCUUCACAAACACACAUUGUUCAACAAGAAACAAGAAGAUGGAUGUGUUGGAGAACUCCCCAGGAAAUAUGGGGCUGCUGAAACUGUUUGACUCUUGUGAAUUUUUGAGCUGGGAAAAGAUAGGCUCAGGAGGAUUUGGCCAAGUGUACAAAGUACGACACGUACAGUGGAAGACAUGGCUGGCUAUCAAAUGCCCUCCGAGCUUACAUGUGGAUGACAAGGAACGUGCCGAGCUUCUGGAGGAGGCCAAGAAGAUGGAGGCUGCCAAGUUCCGCUACAUCCUGCCGGUGUACGGCAUCUGCAGCGACCCGCAGGGCCUGGUGAUGGAGUACAUGGAGAUGGGCUCCCUGGAGUCCCUGCUGGCCUCCGAGCCCAUGCCCUGGGGCCUGCGCUUCCGCAUCACACACGAGACGGCCGUGGGCAUGAACUUCCUGCACUGCAUGAGUCCUCCCCUGCUGCACCUGGAUCUCAAGCCAGCCAACAUCCUGCUGGACGCGCACUACCACGUCAAGAUCUCAGACUUUGGGCUGGCCAGGUGGAAUGGCUUCUCCCAGGCUGACGACAUAAGCCGUGAUGGCUUCUGCGGCACGAUCGCGUACCUGCCCCCAGAGAGGAUCAUCCAGAAGGACAGGGUCUCCGACACCAAGCACGAUGUGUACAGCUUUGCCAUUGUAAUCUGGGGAAUUCUGACACAAAAGAAGCCAUAUCAAGGGGACACCAACAUCCUCCACAUCAUGGUGAAGGUCGUGAAGGGGGCUCGCCCCGACCUGAGUGCGGUGCCCCGCAGUCGCCCCCCGGCCUGCGCCGGCUUCCUGGCCCUCAUGCAGAGGUGCUGGGCAGACUCCCCCAGCGACAGACCCAACUUCCAGGAGAUCACUUCAGAGGCAGAGGAACUGUAUUCCAGGCCAAGGGAGGAAAACAAAGGCUCCACCUUAGAGCUCCAUACCAGUCCCUGCUCCACACUAAGACCUGCUGACCAGGCCAAAGAGCAGAAGCCGGUGAGGCCAAAGUCCGCCAUGCUUCCCGAGAAGGACUGCAGCCUGUCGGAGCUGCUGAGUCAGAUCGACUCGGGGAUAUCACGCAGCUUCGGUCCCGUCAAGGAGGACCUCCUCCAGAGCAAAGACAACACCAGCAAGAGGCUGUCGGGCAUUUCCUCCGUGGACUCUGCCUUCUCCUCUCAGGGCUCCAUCUCACUCUCCUUCGAAAGAGAGACCGCUGCAAACGACUCUGGCGAGGUGCAGAGGCGUAAGCUGUGUGAGGCCAUCCGUACGGAGGACAUCACCAAGCUGAUGAAGAUCCUGCAGCCCCAGGACGUGGACCUGCUGCUGGAGGGCGGGGGCAGCCUCCUGCACUACGCCGUGGGCCUGUCCAACGAGGAAGCCGUCAAGUUCCUGCUGCUCAGCAACGUCAACCCCAACCUGCCUGACACGCGCGCUGCCACGCCCCUUCACCUGGCCACCGAGAAGCGCCUGAAGGGCAUCGCCGAGGUGCUGCUCAGCCGCAAGACCACCAACGUCAACGCCAAGGACGAGGACCAGUACACGCCGCUGCACUUCGCUGCGCAGAACGGGGACGAGGUGUUGACCAGGCUGCUACUGGAACGCGGGGCUUCCAUCAACGAGGCAGACGCCCAGGGCCGAACGCCCGCGCAAAUCGCCUGCCACCACGGCCAGGAGCAGGUGGUCCGUGUGCUGCUGAGCCGCGGGGUGGACGUGCACAUAAGGGGCAAGGACGACUGGACGGCGCUGCACCUGGCCGCCUGGCAGGGCCACCUGGGCAUCGUGAAGCUGCUGGUGAAGCAGGCAGGGGCCGACGUGGACGGGCAGACCACAGACGGGCAGACGCCGCUGCACCUGGCCUCCAAACGGGGCCAGUACCGCGUGGCACGCAUCCUGGUGGAGCUGGGCGCCAACGUGCACCUGCAGGCUGACGGGAUGCACACGCCGCUGCACGUCGCCGCGGAAACCGGCCACACCAGCACCUCGCGGCUCCUGGUGAAGCACGGCGCCGACAUCCAGGCCCGCACCGCCCAGGGACACACCGCCCUGCACCUGGCCGCCCAGAGGGGUCACGUACCCACCACCAGGAUGCUGCUAGAGGCCGACGCCGACCCGCGCAGCGUCACCCGGGCCCUGCGUACCGCCUGUCACCUGGCUGCCGAGGAGGGUCACUGCGAGGUGAUGAGGGUGCUGCUGGAGAGCUGGCCGGACGCGGUGAACGUGCAGGACGAGCACGGGCUCACGCCGCUGCACCUGGCCGUGCGCGGGGGCCACACCAGCGUCAUCUGCCUGCUGCUCAGCCACGGCGUGGAGCUGCCGACCUCCUCGCCCUCGCUCUCGCCCUCGCCCUCGUCCUCACCCUCACCCUCGGCUACCGCCUACGCCUCCCCCUCCCCGUGCGCUCACACAGGACCCAGGGAGGAUGCCUCUCAGCUGGGCGAGAGGAGCCCGGCACUUCAGCCGGCCCUGCCAGCUCUGCCGCUCCAGAGGAGGGUGCUCAUCCUAAAACUGACGGAGAAGGAGGCAGGAGAGUCGCCACAGGUGGGGAUGGGGGCAGGAGCACUGUGUUCCUCUGCUCAGUGCUGAGUGGAGACCCGGGAGGGGGGGGGGGGCAACCAGACACCACGGACAAUACAGCUAUCGCCCUGCUAAACAUAAACACACACACACACACACACAUACACACACACACACACACACAUUAGACACAUAGACACAGACAUACAGACAAGGAUAAAUACACUUACACACAAAUACACGAAUAUACACAUUCACACCCCUUGCAAAUGUAUGUAAUCAGAGACUGCAGGAAAAGCGGGACUCUUGGCUUGAGGGGGGGGGGGGGCAGUUGUGUGGUGGAUGGAUGUACAUAAUGUAAUUAAUUUGAUAAUGGCAUUCAGUAUGUAUUCUUGGAAAGAUAAAGCUUCACCAGUCACCUGCAAGUCGUUUGCUUUUACCACAAUGGAGACCAACUCUUUGUUUUUCUCACAGUGUACCUAGAAAAAAAUCUUUACUUUUUCUCAUCAGUUCAUUGUUAUUGGCCUUGUCCAAUUAUUUUUAAUCACUUUUGAUGGCCGACUAGUUAUAUGUGUUCUAUGGCCUCAUCACCCAAGUCACCUGUUUAACAUUUAAAGGUAUAAUGUAUCCUACUGGGCAUUUACCCACGUUCCACAGCCCAAGGUUGCCAUAGGGAUAUAGACCACUCUAGACGUCAUUUUAAAAAUGCUGUUACCAGCAGUAUUGACAAACUGACCGACUGUUAGGGCAAUGUGUUUAGGGCAAUGUGUUUAGGGAAAGUGUGUGUGUGUGUGUGUGUGUGUGUGUGUGUUUGAGAGAGAGGGGGGGGGGGGGAGAGAGAGAGAGACUAUAUGUAUGUGUGUAAUGACAAAUGCCUCAAAUUUGGCCAAAAUUAUUCCUCAUAUACAUUGUUUCUUUUAAAAUGUGCUGUGUUGUUUUUAUAUUCAUGCCUAAUUGUCAUUGUCUUUAAGCUAUACUUUUUGUACACAGUAUCUGUCUGACCAUGUAUCUAUAGUGUUUGCACAGUUUCACUUUUUUAUUCAUUGCAAAGUAAAAUCCCUUGUAUGUAUUUAAAGUUAA